ACACACGCGACACCAAAGGCAUUCUAGAAGAAGGUCUCGCGCCGGUGGCAUGGUGACAGAAUCAGUCUGUCCGCUUUGUGAGAAAAAUAGUUUUCGGACUCUGGACCGCAGAGUGGUACCUUUAUCUUCAGUGAGUAUGAGGAGAUCCCACGUGUCGGAGUGAACAGAAGCCUUGGUGCAGCUCCAUAGGACGCCAAUGGGAAACUCUUACGCAGGCCAGCUGCGGUCCACGCGCUUCGAGGAGGUCCUCCACAACUCCAUCGAGGCGUCCCUGAGGUCAAACACUGUGGUUCCUCGGCCAGUCUUCUCUCAGCUUUAUCUUGAGACAGAGCAGCUGUUUAUGCAGGAUGGCCGUGCAUUCAAUGAUGAUGAAGAUGAUGAAGAUGACUCGGAGUCUAACAGUCCACCAAUACCCUACCAGAUGAAACCUCCACCAGAGGGAUGCUGCACCACAGACGGCUUUUGUCAGGCUGGCAAAGAUCUGCGUUUGUCCUCGCUUGCAUCAGUGAACUUGGAUGUUCCUCCUGGGUUCAUGCUAGUUGGGGUAAAAUCCCCCUCCCUCCCUGACAACCUGCUGGUCUGUGCUGUGGACCACCGCUUCCUGCCAGACGAACGGGGUCGAAACGCCCUGCUUGGUUUCUCGGGAAACUGUAUGGGCUGCGGAGAAAAAGGUUUCCGUUACUUCACAGAGUUUUCCAACCACAUUAACCUGAAGCUCAGCACCCAGCCCAAGAAACAGAAGCACUUAAAAUACCAACUAUACCGCAAUAACCAGGGCAUACUGGUCAAGGGCGCUCCCAUCUGCUGGAGGGGGAAUGAUGGCAGGAUAAGACAGAUAAGAUCCAGUCUCUCUGAGGGCCCCCUGACACCAGAUGAACGAUCGUCAAACCUGGCUUUAACCCACACGCCAGGCAGUGUCACAGGAUCACAUGUAGAGCCUCAGACAGCUGAUGUCCCCACUACGUUGAUAAAUGGGAACCACACAGGAGCUUCCUCCAUUUCCCAUCCACCUUUAAAUCAAUCAGGACCUGGUAGACCCUCUGCUACAGGUCCUCAUGUCAACGCUGGCCCCCCAAAAAAGAGACACAAAGGGUGGUCACCUGAUUCAUCUGCUAACAGCCUGACAGACAGUGCUGUUAAGUCUGCCCAGACGUCAGUCGCCUCAUCAAAAUUAUCAGCGACCUCUGUCAUCACAAAUGGAGCGAGAUCAGAAGCUACAUCCCUGCAGAGCUCAUCGCGGGGGUCUUCAAGUCAACUUUCAACCCCUGAGGUGUCUGUAGCAGUGCCUGAUCAGCUGCUACACACCUGCAGGCUGCAGCCUGUUAUAUUUAAAGGUCACGGCCCUCUUCCUCAGCUCACAGGCAACACAAGUGAUGUACUCAUCAGUUCUCUUCUUCGGAGUUGUUACCUGAGUUCACAAACCCUCCCCAGAGUCUACCAGCAUUAUGGACCAUCCCCUAUUCAACCUCUCUCUGCUGAGAUGCAGAUUCUGCUCACCAUUUAUUAUCUCGUUCAGCUGGGCCCCGAGCAGGUGCCACUCAUUGAGGACUUGGAGCAGAUAUUCAUGAGAUCAUGGCGGGAAUCUCACCUCACUGAGAUCCGACAGUUUCAGCAGUCUCAAUCACAAGGGACUCAAGGAAGGAACUAUGGCAUAGAGGUACCUCCUACCUUGCAUGGGUUCCCCCAGCUUCUCUCUUUACCUCCCCAGAGUCAGCAGCCCCUCACCCCUAGUCAGCUUCCCUGGCUCGCCCAGCUCGCUGCCUCAUCCUGUGGGGAGAGUGUGGUGGUGAUGGAAGAAGAUGUGAAAACCUUGGCUCAGGGACUUCAGCAAAUGUUCAGCAGACUGAUGGAUGGACGGCUUAAAAACACAAACUAUGUGGUCAUCAUUGUCACUUCACCAGGACAAGAAACUCAGUCCUGUGUGGUUGUAACAGGUAAACAUCAGUGCCGUGCCUUAGCAGAGAGCAUGUUUUCUCCCAAUGAGGGACUUAGAGAAAUCAGCCACCAGCUCCACACUGAUGCUGCUCAGGAACUUAUCCACUAUUGCAAUUCCCUUGGACAAGGUGGUAACAUGGAUUCCCUCCUGGACUGUGCCAGUGUGGAGCACAGUGAGGUAUCACCCCGAUCCAGUAGCCAGAUAGUAGCUGAAGGGAAGACUCCAAAGAUCCCACAUAGCCCCAAAGAUACACCGAGCGCUAAAGAGACCAUAUCAAACCCCAAAGAAACUUGUUUAGAAUAUAGAGUAAAUUGGUGUGAGGUUCGUCCGAUCCAGCUGGCAGUAGCUAGAAAGCUGCUGUCCCAUGUUUGUGCCAUUGCAGACUCCAGCACACAGAACCUGGACCUCGGUUCCUUUAACAGGGUCAGUUUUCUCAUCCUUGUUCCACCUUCUGAAGUCUCCUUUCAGCAGACGGUUCUUCACCUCUGGAGCUCUGGUGUUCUUCAGGAGCUCGGUAGUUCAGAGGAAGAAGUUGUGUCUCAGAGAGACGCAGAGCGUUAUGUGGUAAAGAUGGACCAAAGCGCUCAGUCACGUAUCGAUAAACUCAUCCAGGAAGCACAGAGCAACUCCUACACGCUCUACAUCCUGGUUCAUGACCACGCCCACUGGGAUAUUAGCAGCAUGUCCUACAGCUGCACAGACAGCAGUCUGGGUCUUGUGGAUCGGCUGUUAAACUCCCGACAAGUAAAAGAUGCCACAAACAUCUUGAUUCUGCACGUCACCUCCUUCCCCUUCGCUUUGCAGACACAGUGCACUCGUAUUAGCCCCUACAAUGAGAUACACUGGCCAUCUGCAUUCAGCAAUGAUGUGGACCUUUAUCAUGAGAAGACAAGGUACUUUGGUGUGUCAGAACUUUUGGAGUCGACCCGCUCAGGAAGCAGCCUGCCGCUGUUGCGAUAUGAUUCCUCCUUUGAGAGCAUGACAUCAACCCUGGAAGAAAGAUUUCCAAAGCUGCACAGUGCUGUUAUCAGAACUACAGUGUUAAUCCAGCAAUACUGUGUGGCUCUAAUGGCUGCAUCUGGUAAAAUCAGCAGCUCUCACAAUCUCCACAAACACACCUCUGUGGAAACCAUGGAAAUUGUACAAUCUCUGCUCACUGCCGCGCAGCAGUGCCCCGCCCAUCAUGGUCACAUGGUUUUGCUGCGGAUCCCCUCUCUGGCGCUGGCAUCUUGGGCCCAUCGACGGCUGUCCAGAGUGAGAAGACAGUUGGGUCUUGAGGAAUGCUUUGAAAUUAUUCUGGGGAAUCCUAGCCAAGCUCUGACAAUCAGUCAGACUUUCACUGAUCAGAUCAGGAGUUUCUUAAAGAUCCAAGAUGCUGAAUGGGUUCCUCAUACUUACUUAGAACUGGAAGCUCUACCCUGCAUCCUGAUCUUGUCAGGCGCUGAGCCGCUUGGAGAGUCCUUACCCAGAUCAUUGAAGUAUUGUGACCUCCGCGUGAUUAGCUCCUCAUACCUUCAACGAACAUCUCUGGAGCAGGAAUUGGGACUGGCUGCUUAUCUGGUUAAGGCAGAGUCACGACUGCCACACAACCAUGGACCAGGAAGCGAUGUGAUCGAAAGUGAUGCUGAGAAACUCAGCAGCACCGACAAUGAAGAGGAGGAGGGACAGGAGAAUGGAGAUUCUCCUUCACAGUCCUCUCAGCCCCUUCAGCAAUGCCCUGAUAGUAGAACUGUAGAUCCCCUCCCAUCUCGAAAUGCAACCUCUCCUAAUGCAAUUAAAGACAUCUCUGAUAAUGUACAGUCUCCCUCUAAAGUCCAAACUCAACUUCAGUCGCAGACCUCUUCUCAGGCAUAUUUCCAAACUACUUAUUGCUUCCAAAACCAACCCCAAGUUCCAAGUAAUCUCCCGGUCCAGCUGGCACAGCCCCAAGGUCAAAGUCAGUCAUCGUUUCUAACAAAUGCUCAAUCCUACAAUCUGACAGCCUCCCAGCAACAGCCUGUUUCUCAGCCUCAAAUUCCCCCCAAACCUUUUUCUGAAUCUUCUUCGCCACGGGCCUCCUCUCCUCAUCUGAGCUGCUCCUGGGCUAGGGGAUUGAGUCGUCCUCCAUCGGUGCUACUUCCUCGUGCUCUCUAUGACAUUAUCACAGCCAGUGACAGCAGUGGCCUUCCACGGUGCACUUCAUUCUUGCCACACAUAUCUGUUGCAUGGGCAAGCAGCUUUAGACCGCAGCUUAGUAAAAUGAUGACCUGCACAGAACAGUCACUCUAUUAUCGUCAGUGGACGGUACCUCGGUCCUACCACAUGGACAGCACCAACCGCACUGAAGGACGAACAGACAAUUUCCAUCCUCGCAGGCUGCUGCUUAGUGGCCCCCCACAGGUGGGUAAGACGGGGGCAUACCUGCACUUCCUGGGCCUACUGUCUCGCAUGCUGAUCAGGCUAAUGGAGGUGGAUAUCUACGAUGAGGAGGACAUCCACUGCACAGCCCAGGUUGAAGAGGUGCAGUACCACCCUCCCAAUGCUCCAUGGCCCAAAACGGAGGUUAUAAAAACGAUGCCAUUUGACUACACCAUCCAUGAUUCAAAAUAUGAUGACAUCAGCAUUGUAUACUGUCCUGGAUUUAAACCACGAGCCGAUGAAAACCCUAUGCGGCAAGAGGAUGUGUAUCUGCGACGACGGACAUCUAGGAUAAAGCUAUCUAAGUAUGCAGCGUACAAUACCUAUCAUCAUUGUGAGCAGUGCCAUCAGUACCUUGGCUUUAAUCCCAGAUAUCAGAUGUAUGAGUCUACACUGCAUGCCUUCACAUUCACCCAUCUUCUACUCGGAGAAGACAUCCAGCUGUAUUUCAUCAUCCCAAAGUCUAAAGAGCAUCACUUCAGCUUCAGCCAGACAGGUGGUCAACUUGAGAGCAUGCGUCUGCCUCUCACUUCUGACCGGAACCCAGACUGCAUUAAGAGUCCAAUCUUUACCCCGACCACUGGCCGCCACGAGCAUGGUUUGUUCAACCUAUUCCAUGCAAUGGAUGGAGCAUCACAUCUACACAUCCUUGUAGUGAAAGAGUAUGAGAUGGCCGUCUACAAGAAGUAUUGGCCCAACCACAUCAUGCUAGUGCUACCUACUGUCUUCAACGGAGCUGGUAUAGGUGCAGCUCACUUCCUGAUAAAAGAGCUUUCUUACCACAACUUAGAGUUGGAGCGCAGUCGGCGUCUUGAAGGUGGAGGCCCAGCUGGUGAUGUUUGGCCCUUCAUCAUCCUCGCUGAUGACUCCUGUGUAAUGUGGAACGCUGUAGACAAUGAGAAACUAAGUUCUCCAGCUGAACGUGCUGUGUCACUAAAACAAGUCUUACAGCACAUGGAGGGCUGUCCAGACCUUGCUCAGUAUGGUCUGUGUGGUAUAAGGAAGUGGAACAGCCGAGGAUUGGCAGGUGUCAAACAGUGGGAACCGUUCUCCAGAGGUCAUGUUCAUGACUUCCUCCUUCUCAAUGUUGACCGAAGUCAGAAUGUCCAGUACGACCAAAACCGCUUCACGUGUCAUGAUGUGGACUUCACCCUGAGGCUGCACAGCGCAGGACUGCUUGUCUGCAAGUUUAAUAACUUCAGCGUCAUGAAGAAGCAGAUUGCCAUUGGCGGAUACAGGACAUUCAUUAUCAAGACCAAGAUGACAGAUGUCUCCACAUCAGUCGGUCCCUCACAGUACAUCUGUGCCCCAGACAGUAAGCAUCUCUUCUUGGCCUCACCACCUCAUCUGCUCUUGGAAAAAUAUCUCCAACACACCAGCCAGAAACUGUUUCCCCUCAGCACCAAGAACUACACCCACCCUGUUCUGUCUGUGGAUUGUUACCUCAACCUGGGACCUGAGGUAACGGUGUGUUUUGUCAGUUCCAGACCUCACUGCGUUAACAUCAACACUGCUGGGUUGGUGUUCAGUGGGCUUCUUCUCUGCUUUCCUGACACAUUUGUGACCUCUGGGUUCCUCAAGAAGUUCACUUUUCUUAAAGGUGCAACCCUGUGUGUAAUAGGAGCAGAUCGCAGCUCAUUGAGGCAGACUGUGGGAAGGCUGGAGCUGGAGGAGCAGUGGAGGUUUAGACUCAGUGACGAGUUUAAGACUGCCAACGCCAAAGAAGACCGGCCUCUGUUCUUCCUGACUGGAAAACACAUCUGAUUGAAGCAAAUGGUCAAUGGGAGCUGAAUUAAAGGGCAAGAGUCCCUAGAAAUACAGCAGAGUGUUUGUGUUUUAAUAGCUCACAGCAGGACAUUGAUUGUGAAGCUGCUGCUCGAACUCUUGAUGACAGGUAACAGGCUUUGCCAUGAUAUACUGUAGUUUAUACAAUUAAAGACCUGCAUUAAGUAUAUUGUUUUAAAACCAAAGGCGUUUCAUAUGCUACCAUAUGUUUUGACGAUGGCCAGAGAUUUGGUGCAGACACAAUGAAAACUUAAAGGUGGAAACAGGGAAGACACUAUCAUUUGUGUGCAAUGUAAGCCUAUUUUUGGCUAACUUUAUAGUGCAUAGUUUUUAGAUGCAUGAUGCAUGUCUAGAUGCAUGUUUUGCAGAUUUUUUUUUUUUUUUUUUUUUACAGAAAACAUUUAAAAGUAUAUAUUUUUAGUUAUAGAUCAUGUAAAAAAGUACUUAUUUUCUGUGUGCAGCUCUGUCCUGGUACAAUAUAUUUUUUCUAACGUUUAUAUAUGUAAGGAGCAAAUGUAUUAUUUUAUAGCAACCUUUUCAAGUAUGUACAGUUUUAUAUGUC